AUGGCGAGAGAUUUUGGUGCUCUAGUUGGUGCUGCCCAUGUUGAUAAUCCAGGUGUGGCGUUGGAGGGCUCGGGUGGCCUACUUUUGCUCGCCAUGAUUAUCAUGUCCCUCUCAAUUAUAUCAAUGCUCAUUUUUGCUUGUGCUGAUGGUUUCUCGAAAAAACCUCCGCGACCUCGCAGCAGAGGUUUUGCAGCCGGAGGUGCCGGCUGCUACACCAGAGGUGGGGGUGGUUGUGCUUGUGGUGGAGGUGGAGGUGGAGGUGGAGGUGGAGGUGGAGGUGGUUGUGGAAGUUCUGGCGGAGGCGGGGGUGGGAGUGUUUGUGGUGGAGGUGGAGGUGGAGGUGGUUGUUGA